AAUCGUUUGGAUUUUGAUGUUCUAAUCGGUUUAAUCGUUUGAAUUUUGAAUUCGAUUGCUUCCUUGACGGCGAUUAUUGCUUUUUAACUGUCUGUUCAUCUUCUUCAUGUAGCUUGGUAGGUUGCGAUGGCGAAGGUUAAUUCUGCAUCUGAUGGCCGUAAUGCUGCCGCUGAGAUUUCCUUCUCCGGCGGAUCCUCAUCACCGAGCUACGGCUGCAAUCCGUUUCUGUCGCCGUCGUACGACUCAGCCGACUAUUCAAGGAAGGAUUUCUCCUCGAUCUUCGAUCGCGAUUCUGGAUCUCCAUCUGAGACCUCCAUCAACGAAGCUGAAGCAAUUCCGACUGAACGCCGGCUUUUCCAGGCCAAUUUCGUCCUCGAGUACCAGCAGCUGUACAAUCGCUAUGCUCUCUGUCUCGCUAACCUCCACGAAUCUCUGGAGGAGGUCAAUUCGCUCCGUCGGGAGAACGAGGCUCUUCAUCUGGCCAACGUGGAUUUGAUCAACCGCCUUAGUCUCCUCUCUCAGGCGGCGAUCCGGAAUUGCCUCCUCUCCGAUUUCAGUCACCUCGGUAUAGGUGCUCCGGCCGUUCCUGUCCGCGGCGGCGCUCUCGUCAGGCCACCGCUGAGAGCCACAGAGCAACACCGGCUAGAGAGAAGCGAUCAAGAGCUAGAGCAAGUCCCGCUUCCAAAGAGCAUUUCUGUUCGCUCCCGUGGCUACCAGAAACUUAAGCCGUCGCAGGAUGGAUCUGCCGCCGCCGGCCAGAGUAGCCGCCGUGUCAACACUAAGCCCCUUGGCGAAUCUCAGCAGCAGACGGUGUACAUUCCGGGGGCAAAACUGGAAGAUGGAUCCGUGGAGUUUGAGGUGUACAACCAGGGAAUGAUGAAGACAGAGCUCUGCAACAAAUGGCAGGAAACCGGCGAGUGUCCCUACGGCGAGAACUGCCAGUUCGCGCACGGCGUCACAGAGCUGAGGCCGGUGAUCAGGCAUCCCCGCUACAAAACAGAGGUCUGCCGCAUGGUUAUGGCCGGCGACAACUGUCCUUACGGCCACCGCUGCCAUUUCCGUCACUCCUUCGCCGAGCAGGACCGGCAGCUCCCCUCAACUCUGCAUAUCCGUUGACUGAAGAUCCUGGGAGAGUUUUAU